AUGGCUCUUGGAAAUAACUCUUUCUUGACUGAAUUCAUUCUUUUGGGAUUAACAGACCAACCAGAUCUCCAACUUCCCCUGUUCUUCCUGUUUCUAGGAAUGUAUAUGGUCACUGUGAUGGGAAAUUUGGGCUUGAUAAUUCUAAUUGUGCUAAAUUCACAUCUACAUACCCCCAUGUACUUUUUCCUCUUUAACUUGUCCUACGUGGAUCUCUGCUAUUCUUCUGUGUUUACACCCAAAAUGCUGAUUAACUUCAUAUCAAAGAACAUUAUUUCUUACAUGGGGUGCAUGACCCAGCUCUACUUUUUCAGUUUUUUUGUCAUUUCUGAAAUCCAUGUGCUGACAUCAAUGGCCUAUGAUCGCUAUGUGGCCAUCUGUAAGCCACUUUUGUAUAACAUUGUCAUGUCUCCUAAAGUGUGUUCCAGCCUUAUGCUUGGUUCAUACUUGAUGGCAUUUUCUGGUGCCAUGGCUCACACUGGAUGCAUGCUGAGACUGACCUUCUGUGAUGCCAGCAUCAUCAACCAUUAUCUCUGUGACAUCCUCCCUCUGCUCCAGCUCUCCUGCACAAGUACCUACAUCAAUGAGCUGGUAGUUUUCAUCGUGGUGGGUAUCAAUAUCACUGUGCCCAGUCUCACCAUCUUUAUCUCCUAUGGUCUCAUUUUCUCCAACAUCCUCCACAUCUGCUCCACAGAGGGCAAGUCCAAAGCCUUCAGCACCUGUAGUUCCCACAUAAUUGCUGUUUCUCUGUUCUUUGGAUCAGGUGCAUUUAUGUAUCUCAAACCAUCUUCUGCUGGGUCUCUGGAUGAGAGAAAAAUCUCUUCUCUUUUUUACACCAAUGUGGUUGCCAUGAUGAAUCCCUUAAUCUAUAGCUUGAGAAAUAAAGAUGUGAAAAUUGCUUUGAGAAAAACUGUAAGCCUUAAUAAAGUUUAUCAAACACAUUAUUUUCUCCAGAAGGCACAUCACAGCCUUCUUAUGCUUAGGAACAUUAGACAGCACUUCAACACUAUGCUUGGGGCCAUUUUAAAAAGCAAAAUCACUAACAACAAAUCACAAAACAUGAAAAAGUGGCACUAA